CCAAUCCUAUAUCCCCCAUUAUCUCCUAUAGGCAGAACUGCAUCCUGGCAGACGAGAUGGGCUUAGGGAAGACGAUCCAAUCCAUCGCGUUCCUACAGGAGAUCUCCAAUGUCGGGAUCCGGGGCCCGUUCCUCGUUAUCGCCCCGUUAUCCACCAUCACUAACUGGGAGAGGGAGUUUCGCACCUGGACGGAGAUGAAUGCCAUCGUGUACCACGGCAGCCUGGCGUCCAGGCAGAUGAUACAGCAGUAUGAGAUGUACUGCAAGGAUAAUAGGGGCCGCCUUAUCCCCGGUGCCUACAAGUUCGACGCCCUUAUCACCACGUUCGAGAUGAUCUUAUCAGAUUGCCCCGAGCUGCGCGAGAUCGAGUGGCGCUGUGUGGUCAUUGAUGAGGCGCAUCGCCUGAAGAACAGGAACUGCAAACUGCUCGAUAGCCUCAAACAUAUGGACCUGGAGCACAAGGUCCUUCUGACCGGGACCCCGUUACAGAACACUGUGGAGGAGCUUUUUUCCCUCCUCCAUUUCUUGGAGCCGUCGCAGUUUCCAUCCGAGCCGAAUUCCUCAAAGACUUCGGGGACCUGAAAACGGAUGUGA